UUUUUAGAGAUUAUUGUUAUUUUCAUGGUUGCUAUUUGUUUACAUCGGUGAUGGUGAUUAUUUCAAAUCGAUAGCACAUGUUAUAUGCAAUUGUGAAAAAUCACUUGUUCUCCUAACUCUUAUAUUCAAUACUUUACUUCGAUUUGAUAUUAACUAACGCAUUCUCGUAAAGACUGUAUAAAACCAGUAACUUGUAAAUUGAGGUCAAGUCCAAACUUGAGGUCAUUUGGGUACAUGGGAUAAAUGUGCAAAGGCCAUCUUGCAGGUGAAAUAGGCACCGAAUGUCGUCUCUUCAGUGAUACGGAAUGAAAAGUUGCCUUUGACGGAAAAGUUUGGAAGUAAUGCCAGGCAAAGAGAAAAUUUUGUUGCAGUCUCACGAUUCUGAGGACCUCAAGUGUACAGACCUUGAAAAUGCAGACACACUGAUCGGAAGGAAUAGUGUUCCAAAACCACCUACGAAGAAAAAAUCUCGUCGUCCAUCGUCUGCCACUGACAGGAAGCCAAGAUCUACCCCUAGAAGACCAGUGACCCCUGGCAAGAGGAAGAAGCGGCCCCAGAGUGCCCCCUCCCACCGCACAGGUCACGACCUCUGGAUGAGCGCAGUGAAACACAGGAGAACAGUUGGUCUUUCUGGCUCCCACCAUCCAGGCAGUCCACAUUAUAAGACUUCCAACGAGUACUGGAUUGACACACUGAGACGCACUGGGACUGGUUUUACGACUGAGAGCAUUGGUAUGAACACAUUCGGCGGGAAACGACCGCGAGACAAGGAUAUGCCGUAUCUGAGUACCUCGGCGUACCUACGGCAGAUGGCGGGUUCAGAGAAACCCAGCAAGCAAGCUGACGCCAUGGCUCGAGCCAACCCAGGGACCCCAGCUUACAAGUCCCAGGAGGAAUAUUAUGAACAGAUACUGGAAUACAAGAAGCAAGUGUCCAGUUUAAACCAGGAUUCUGCGACAAUGAAGGCCAAAAUCAGACGGCUAGAGGAAGAUAAUCUGAAGAAAGAAAAGGAAAUAGAAUCACUUCUCCACCCACAUAAGAGUGAGGAGUUGCGUCUGACGCUGGCAGACAAGCGGCCUGACUCUGGCGCCAUGAUACACAGCCUUAAACAGAAGAUCCUCAAGCUGGAAACCCAGAUGAGGGAUAAGGAGACAUCUUACAUCAAACUGCAGAGUGACCUGAAGACCACCAAGAUAGAUGAGAUGAAACAGCAGAUGGAGGUCUUCUACAACGAGAUAGUCAGGCUGCAGAACUCAAAGGAGACCGGUGUUGAUAAGUCUGCCAGGGCGCCGAGUCGGGAAGGCAGUGUGAAGGUGAAGGCACUCAACGAGACGAUACUGCGACUGAACAAGCAUAAUGAGCAAUUGCAGGGGGAGAACAGGGGCCUCAAAGAGGACCUCAAGAGAUUCAUGGACCAGGAACAGGACGAACUCACCACACACAAAGACUGCAAAGACAUGGAUAGAAAAGAACUUCUUCGAUUCAUCUCCCAACUUGAAAAGAAACUGCAGCGAGCUGAAGAGAAGAUUGAGACUGGAUCUCUAGGUUCUCCUUCUACACAUUCCAAAAUGCAAGGCAAGAUAGCCCUAGAAGGCAACACAGCCGCCCGCCUCGAUCAGCUGGACAAGCGCGAGUCUGAGCUUCUAGACACCCUGGAGCGGAAGAACGAGCGAAUCAAGGACCUCACGGAGGAGAGAGACAGGUGGAAACAGCGCUGUGACGAACUAGAGAUCUUGUUGUCACAUGGAUCAGAACAGCAUCCCUCUCCUAAAGCAAGGCCAGAGGCAAGAAGACCCCCUAGUGCGAGGUCAGGCAGCAGGGUCAAGGACACAUCCACACAUGACCCCUCAGAGCAGGCCACGCCACGCACCCCCACCCACAGGCCGCCCACGGCUGGGUCCCAGCGACCCUCAACUGCUGGGUCACAGCGACCUCCCAGCGCCAAGAGACGGUCCUCGCUUGAUAGCUCUGUGUCCUCAGUGCGCAAAAAGAAGAUUGAGGCCUUCAAGGAGAACCGGUCCGCAAAGGUCAUCCAGAGGAACUGGCGUUCUCACCAGAACAAAGAGCAAAAGGCCCAAAAUGAGAGAGUUAAUAAAUUCCGUGAAAAGCAUGCUGCCAAAAUUAUUCAACGUGGGUGGACAAAACACUGUCACGAUAAGAUUGAGCAUGAACGUGAGGAGGCAGCAGAUUUGAUUCGGUCAUCAUUGCUUGGUCAUCGCAACCGACAACAACAGAUGUCCCGUCGCCAUGACGAUGAUGAUGACGACUACGAGACGGACAAUGAGGAUUACAACAACUGUGUGGCGCUGAUACAGUCAGCCAUGAAGGGGCACAACACACGCAAGAAUAAUAUGCGAGAUUAUGCUUUUUCCUCGACGGGCGAGGAAGAUGACGAAGACGAGGUUAUGUCCUCUGCAAGUCGCCUACGAGCCUCGUCACGGUCCAGUCGACCCCAGUCCCCUGCCGCCCACAGGCAGCGACCUCAAAGUCCCGCCCCUCACGGGCAGCGACCCCAGUCUGGUCGCUCAAGAACGUCUUUAUCAGGAUCUGUCAAGAGCACAGGUUCUUCCAGUGGUCGUCAGCAAUAUUCUUCAUCUCACGUUGGCCAUGAUGAUGAUGACGACGAUUUUUGAAGCAAAUUGAUGGCUUGGGGGAGGGGCACUGCAGCCCCAUUAAGAUGAGCUUAUUUUCAAAAUCAAUGUUUAGUAAAUGUAUAUUGUGUAGGUUGAGCACAAUUCCCAGAAUAAGCCAUGUACUUGUUCUCAGAUUAAAAAAGCAACAUUUGGAUACAAAUUUCCUAAUAUAGAAAUGUAUUCUAAAUUAUUUUUUAUGCGUAGAAAGUAGAAAGCAUAUCUCAUAUUAAGGAAAUUUCCAAUAUACGAAUUACAUGAGCAUGGUUCUUAUGAUUUAUGCGGCUAGCAUAGUUUCAGAUCAGCCUGCGCAUUCAUGCUUUUUGGUCAGGACCUACUGAUUCUGCUUUGUGGUCUCAGUAGCUGACAACAUAGCGCAGUCUGGUCUGGAGUUACACAGCCUGCAUAUGGCAUAAGAUCCAAUUUUGCAUGAUGCUGCUCAAAUGUUUUAAGGCAUAAUAACCACCAGAUUGGUUACCAGUAGACUUUUGAAUUUAAGGUGCAUUUAUACUGAUUUUCAACCAGUUAAUUUAUCAAAUCCUCAUAAAGAAAAAGAAAUUUAUGGAAAUAUCACAACAAAACCAUUGUUUUGCAUAUACUUAAAAUUAAAAUUAUGCACAUUCAAUAACAAUGCAUUUGUUACUCACCAUAUUUAUGUUAAUAGAAGUUUGACACCAAUGCAAUGAGGAUUUGUCUGUGUCAAAACAUGUGUUAAAGUGCAUCAGAGUCUGUUACACCUUUCUAGUUCUCAUGAACAAUUAGAAAGCAAUUUAUUUUUAGACAACAUGUUAUAUUGCCUUGAUUAACUUUAUUUUUCUGUCGUUUAUAAUUUGUUUGAAGACAAAGUUAACUCUUCUUCAGCAUGACAUGAUUAUGUAUUUGUUUGCUCCCUCUUGUAGCAGCUGCAGCUGUGAUAUAUUUUUUGUGCAAUUCUUCAUGCAUAUUUAAACACACCCUUGAGGUUAAGGUUGUUUCAGAUAUAAUUAAAUACUAUUUUCUUUGUUUGUUUACUUUGUAAAUCAUGUGCCUGCUAGUUUUGUUCAAAUCUUGUUUUAUAAAGACUCGCGUACUGUGAAAAUGGGACUCGCGUAAUGUGAAAAUGGGACCCGCGUAAUGUGAAAAUGGGACCCACGUAAUGUGAAAAUGGGACCCACAUAAUGUGAAAAUGGGACCCAUGUAAUGUGAAAAUGGGACCCACAUUAUGUGAAAAUGGGACCCACGUAAUGUGAAAAUGGGACCUGCGCAAUGUGAAUAUGGGUCUUAUGCAGUAUGCAUCCAGCUUUGCACCAGUCCAGCCUGGGUAUCCACACCGUGUGGUCAGAAGUUAACCUGUCUGGUAAUGAGACCACUAAGCCUUCAUGACUUUAUAGCAGACUGUGUAUCUACUGACCAGACUGGGCUGGAGCUACGCUGGCAACAUAUGGUUUAUGGAUCAUGUAAUGAAUGAAAGGAAAAUGUCCUUUAAUUUCAAUCAGUUUUAGUUAUUGACAAGAUGAUAUUGCUAAAAUAGUUUGCUCAGAUUUUUUUUCAUAUUUUUCUCUUUGUAUGAUAGAUAGAUUAUUUUCAUAAUUGUUUGACAUGUUUUCACCUGUUAUUGUUGGAGUAAAUUGUAUUAUAUUUUUUCCUACAUGAAUGCUCACUUGUCACUGAAAGCUGCAACUUAAUCUUGUCUGUUGAUCUAAAGGUUAGCUUUAAAACCAUGGUCAUUCUUAGAUAAACAUUAUUGUCUUUAUUUAAAAAAUAUAUAAUGCCUUUUAUAUAAGAACAAUUAUCCAACUUAAAUCCAGCACUAACAUUUUUCAACAAAUUUACAUUAUUAGCGAGGCUGUUUUCGUAGAAAACCCGAGCUAUUGUCGUAGCCAGCUUGUCCGACGUCCGCCGUAGGCGUCGUGCUAAAACCUUAACAUUCGCUCUAAAAUCAAAGUGCUUCCACCUACAACUUUGAAACUUCAAAUGUAGAUGCACCUUGAUGAGUUUUACACGCCACACCCAUUUUUUGGUCACUAGGUCAAAGGUCAAGGUCACUGACCUCUAAUAUCAAACUUUAACAUAGGCUCUAGAAUCAAAGUGCUUCCACCUACAACUUUUAAAUUCAUUUGUAGUUGCACCUUGAUGAGACCUACAUGCCACACCCAUUUUUGAGUCACUAGGUCAAAGGUCAAGGUCACUGUGACCUCUAAUAUAAAACUUUUAACAAAAACCUUAACAUUGCCUCUAAAAUCAAAGUGCUUCCACCUACAACUUUGAAACUUCAUAUGUAGAUGCACCUUAAUGAGUUCUUCACGCCACACCCAUUUUGGGUCACUAGGUCAAAGGUCAGGGUCACUGUGACCUCUAAAAAUAAAAAAUAAAAAAAGCUUUCAAGCUUUCGCAGCCGAGCAUGGCACCUGUUAUGCGGUGCUCUUGUUUUUAGUAUUGCUUUAAAAUCAAGUCUCACACUUUAAAUUCAACGAAAUGCAUUUGUUGAUAAUUGUAGGUUCACAAUGAACAUCCACAGUGGAAUUGCACAUUUUUCAUUCUUUGAACAGUUUCAAAUAAAGUCUCAUAAGUUUGUCUCAUAAUGAUAGUGUUAAAUUGAUUUUAUAAAUAACAUCAUACAUAAAAUAUAUAUUAAUUUCUCAAGAAGUAACAACAACAUUGUAAAUUGUAAGGUAACAGGUUGUAUUUUGUAACUGAUGUUUAUUGCUCAUGUUAUCUGUAGAUCUUGUUUAUAUUUAUUUGUAAAUAAAUUUACAUUAUUUCUUCGUA